AUGCUGACGCAACCAGUGUACGAUGUCUUUCUACUUCAGGACAAUGGAGUACUCUGCGAGACCACAGAAUGUCAAAUACCAGCAACUGACUUUGAAACCGGCAUUCCGGUCUCGAUGGAAGUUGCCGGCAAUUUCAUGUCACAGCCGGCCGCUCAGCAGCAGGAAGUUCAGAGAGAAACACGUACAGACUUAUUUGUGGCGGAUAUUGUGGGAGGUUUCGUGCCAAGAGACGCUCAUCUUAGGGAGGUUAUGUACUCGACGGGUGAUGAUUUCUAUCAACAGUCUGCCUUGAUGCUACAGGAUUCGCCCCGGCUUCUCCAAGAGUCCGAGGAAAACUCCAACUUGUGUACGCCCAUAUUGCCCGUCGACUUGUGCACAUCAGCACUUUGCCUCACCACCGAUGAUGCACCUCAUCCCUAUCCU